CUGCCACUUUUUUCCUCCCCUUCGCUCUUGCCCCCCAUCCUAGGAUCCAAUGAUAGCUGGACAAGUCAGUAAGCCCUUGCUGUCAGUGCGGAGUGAAAUGAAUGCGGAGUUGAGAGGUGAGGACAAGGCUGCUACUUCAGACAGCGAGCUGAAUGAGCCCCUGCUUGCGCCCGUGGAAUCAAAUGACAGCGAGGACACUCCCAGCAAGCUCUUCGGGGCCAGAGGAAACACAGUACUAUCAGACCCAGGAACUCCUGACCAGCACCAGGCCAGUCAGACCCACCCCCCAUUUCCAGUUGGGCCGCAGCCUCUUCUGACAGCACAGCAGCUUGCCUCUGCUGUGGCCGGGGUGAUGCCGGGAGGCCCCCCAGCCCUCAACCAGCCCAUCCUCAUCCCCUUCAACAUGGCAGGACAACUAGGUGGUCAGCAAGGCCUGGUCCUCACGCUGCCCACAGCGAAUCUCACAAACAUCCAAGGGCUGGUAGCAGCAGCUGCAGCUGGAGGCAUCAUGACUCUGCCAUUGCAAAAUCUCCAAGCUACCUCAUCCCUGAACUCCCAACUGCAACAGCUCCAGCAGCUCCAGCUCCAGCAGCAGCAGCAACAACAACAACAGCAACAGCAACUGCCUCCUCCACCACCAACCAGCCAGCACCCACAGCCAGCCUCACAGGCGCCCUCACACUCUCAACAGCCACAAUCCCGGCCCACACCGCCCCACCAAUCACCACCUGCCUCACAGCAGCCACCGGCUCCGCCAGCUCAGCUGCCGCAGGCUCCUCAGUCUCAACAGCACCAAUCCCACUCCCACCCCCAGAGCCAGAAUCAGUCAUCUCCAAGCCAACAGAGCUCAAGUCCCCCUCAGAAACCCAGCGCAUCUCCAGGACAUAGCCUUCCGUCACCGCUCACGCCGCCCAACCCUCUACAGCUGGUUAAUAAUCCUCUAGCAAGUCAGGCCGCCGCUGCUGCAGCAGCCAUGGGCUCCAUAGCAAGCUCACAGGCCUUUGGCAAUGCCCUCUCCAGCCUUCAGGGGGUCACAGGUCAACUAGUUACUAAUGCACAAGGACAGAUUAUUGGGACCAUUCCACUGAUGCCUAACCCAGGGCCAUCGAGUCAAGCAACAAGUGGCACUCAGGGCCUUCAAGUACAACCUAUCACACCCCAGCUCCUAACCAAUGCCCAGGGCCAGAUCAUUGCCACAGUCAUCGGAAACCAGAUCUUGCCUGUGAUCAACACUCAGGGUAUCACCCUGUCCCCCAUCAAGCCAGGCCAGCAGCUUCACCAAUCUUCCCAGUCAUCAGUGGGUCAAGCAGGCACCCAAGGGAACCUUCUGCACCUGGCUCAUGGCCAAGCAUCCACAUCUCAAAGUCCCGUGCGACAAGCUUCUUCCUCCUCCUCCUCAUCCUCCUCUUCUUCAGCUUUGAGCGUGGGCCAGUUAGUGAGCAAUCCUCAAACGGCAGCGGGUGAGGUGGACGGGGUUAAUCUGGAGGAGAUUCGAGAGUUUGCCAAAGCUUUUAAAAUCCGACGCCUGUCCCUUGGCCUGACUCAGACUCAGGUGGGACAAGCCCUCAGUGCCACAGAGGGCCCCGCAUACAGCCAGUCAGCCAUCUGCAGACACACCAUCCUGAGAAGCCACUUUUUCCUACCACAGGAAGCCCAAGAGAACACUAUAGCUAGCAGUCUGACAGCCAAACUGAACCCUGGCCUUUUGUAUCCUGCCAGGUUUGAAAAGCUGGACAUCACCCCUAAAAGUGCCCAGAAGAUCAAGCCGGUGCUUGAGCGGUGGAUGGCUGAGGCUGAGGCCCGCCAUCGAGCAGGUAUGCAGAACCUCACGGAGUUUAUUGGGAGUGAGCCAUCCAAAAAGCGCAAGCGGCGCACCUCCUUCACACCCCAGGCCCUUGAGAUCCUCAAUGCCCACUUUGAGAAGAACACACACCCCUCAGGGCAGGAAAUGACCGAGAUUGCUGAGAAGCUAAACUAUGACCGGGAAGUAGUUAGAGUUUGGUUCUGCAAUAAGAGACAAGCCCUGAAGAACACAAUUAAGCGCUUAAAGCAACAUGAGCCCACUUCAGCGGUCCCGCUGGAGCCCUUAGCCGACUCGCCUGAAGAAAACUGCUAGACACACCCAUCCAUGGUCAGAAGGAAGCACGGCAGAAACUACUCUGAAUCUCCACAAAAAAAGAAAGAAGAAAGGAUUAAAGACACCCCCAGUCAUCAUUUCCCUUGUAUGUAAAAGACUCAAAAGGAAAAGGAAAAAGAAAAAAAAAAAACUAGCAAAUGGGCAGGAUGGUUUAUACAUGUCCGUUGGCUUUCCAAAAGGAAGAAGAAAAGGAAAUUUUAAAUUUUUAAACAGGAAAUGCACCACAUGGAAGGAGUAUGUGGUAGGAUCAUUCCCUCCCCCACCUGUCUCUGUAAAGCCAGUUUUUUAAAAGCAAACCAAAUAUCCACUUACUUUUUUCUGUAUAUGAUGAAAAUGUGAACACCUAAUAAGGAAAAAGAAAAAAAAAAAGGAAACCAAAAAACAAAACAAAACAACUCACCACCACAAACUUCUAUCUGUUCAAAGCGAAUGCAAGCCUGCCACCUGGAGGAGGGCCCGCAUCCCUUCAGGGACGAAGUGCUGAUCACUGCAAAACCUAUUAACCAAAGUCAGAAACACUGCGAACGCUGUUGGUCUACUUGCCUCGGCGUGUAAAGCUGGGGUUUGAAUUUUUACAUUUGUACCAACAAAACAGCAGGAAGCCUGCUUUCUCCCGUCUUUCUUGCCGGUUGUCUCUGCCACCAGGGACGUUUUUGAAAUCAUUCUGUAUGGCUCACU